CUCACUGUUUUCACAUGCAAAUGUUUAAAGUGAAGAGAAGGUCAUCAUAGCCUCAUGCAGCUAGCAGAAAAUCAUAGGAAGAAAGGGAGAGAACGGAGAAUGGUGCCGCUACACACCGAGCAGAGAUGACACAAAUACAUCGCCAGAAAGGAGGCUUCCAGAAAGAAAAGACAAUGCACCAUUCAGCAAUGCAGCAGAGUGCAGUCAGCGAGAGGCACGUUUAGAUGGAGGUAUAAGAUUCCUCUUCUUUUUUAAUAAUGAAUUCUUGGAUACGAUGUAUGUUCCCUAUUCCCAUAUUAAGUGUAACCCUUCUGUUGUUAUAUUAUAACAACAGCCUCAUGAAGUGGAAAGUUUUCCACAGGUUUAAUGCGACCGAGGAGAGAAUCCUUUUACUCGAAGCCUGCGAUGCCUUUUCAAAUGGACAAAAAUCUCUAUUCGAACCCACAGCGACAAACUCCUACGAAAGGUAUGACUGUCGAGAUUAUAUAAAGCACCAUCACUACAUCACGGCUCCCCUCUCAGAGGAAGAGGCUGAUUUUCCUCUAGCUUACAUGAUGGCAGUGCACAAGGAAUUUGACACCUUCGAGAGACUGUUUAGGGCUAUCUACAUGCCCCAAAAUAUCUACUGCAUCCAUGUGGAUGAGAAGGCGAGCGCGGAUUUCUUGCAGGCAGUAGAUGAUUUUGUAAAUUGCUUUCCUAAUGCUUUUCUCGCCUCAAAAAUGGAGCCUGUGGUUUAUGCUGGAAUAUCGAGACUGCAGGCGGACCUGCACUGCAUGAAAGACCUGCUGAAAUCGGAGGUGCGGUGGAAGUACGUGAUCAAUACCUGUGGACAGGAUUUCCCUUUGAAGACCAACAAGGAGAUUGUACAACAUUUAAAAAAAUUUAAUGGGAAAAAUAUCACUCCUGGGGUCCUGCCUCCAGAUCAUGCUAUCCCCCGCACCAAAUAUGUUCAUCGUGAGGAUAUAGUACAUUCAUGUGUGCUGAGGACCAACGUUUUAAAGCCUCCCCCUCCUCACAAUAUCUCCAUAUACUUUGGGUCGGCAUACGUUGCCCUGACAAGGGAAUUUACCAAAUUCAUUCUAGAAGAUCAGAGAGCCUUGGAUCUGCUGAAAUGGUCUAAGGACACUUACAGUCCAGAUGAACAUUACUGGGUGACACUGAACAGAAUACCAGAUGUGCCGGGAUCGAUGCCAGAUGCGCAAUGGGAAGGUGAUCUCAGAGCAAUUAAGUGGAACGACAUGACUAACCACGGAGGCUGCCAUGGACAUUUUAUACGAGAUAUCUGCAUCUAUGGAACUGGGGACCUGCAAUGGUUAAUGAAUUCCAACAGCAUUUUUGCCAACAAGUUUGAACUGAAAUCUUACCCACCGACAUUGGAAUGCCUAGAACUGAAGAUCAGAGAGCGGGCUCUAAAUCAGAGUGAGGUCACCAGGCUGCCUGACUGGUACUUGUAAGCAGAACACUGUGCCUCCAAAAAACAGCAGGAAGAAUUGAUAGAUGUGCUCUACCAUGGAAAAGCAGCGAAAAGUAAACUUUUUCCUAACAACUGUCCUUAAAAGGCAAUUUGAGCCCAAGAAGCAGAUAUCAUGAAGCAACGUCUUCUUCUCCAGAAAUGAGUAAUUAGCCAAAGCGCAUAUAUCAUUUUUUUUUCCAGUAAAAAGUUAUUAGUAUGCGUUGCUGCUAUUCCCUGGAAACGAAUGACAUCAUAGUCACAUACUGAUGGUGUUGCACGGUAGACAAAGGACAAAAUGAAGCCAACAUAGGGUUAAUAAAAUCUCCAACUUCAGAGUACAACAAAAGCUGUGAACCACUAAUCCAUCUCUUCCAUCAAAAAGGAAGAUCUCCGACAACACUGCUGGUUGGUUGUUGUCAGCAACAUGUUUUAAAAAAAAAAAUUUAAUAAAAAUAAAAGGUUCUUUAGGACUAGAAAAAUAUGGCGGCCUUAUUCCAAAAUGGCACCACCCCUGUCCAUGGGUUGCGUCUAGUACUGUAGCUUAGCUCCAUUAAAGUAAAUGAGGCUGAUCUGAAAUACCGCAUACAACCUGGGGGGAGGUGUGGUGCUAUUUUUUGACUAAAGUAGCCAUGUUUUUGUAGUCCCAGAAAACCUCUUUGAGUUAUUGUGUGACCCAAACUACUGUCACCAUUGUAAACUGUCUGUAUCUUCAUGUUACAAUGGUCAAGGAAGGUCUAUUGUGGGGUGAAGUGAUUGGAGAAGAAGUAGUACUCCUUUACAGACCUCUUUAUACUGUGGUCAAGUCACAAAGAGGGACCCUGACAAUAAUUCUGCAUGCUGUAUCUUUGGUCCUGGCGUCUAUGAUUAAAUAUUACAUUUAUCUAUUCCUCAUACAAUGCAAUCAUUUAAAGGGGUUAUCCAGGUUCAGAGCUAAACCCAGACAUACCCCCUUCUUCACCCAGGUAGCCCCUCUGACUUGAGCAUUUCAUGCUCCUAUGCUCUCCCUUGCCCUGUGCUGUAUCACGCAGGGCGAGGGCUCUUUUAUUUAUAUUUUUACGCUGCUAGGCGGAGGCUUCAACCUAGCAAUGUUCCCAGUGACAUCAUCGGCUGUGAUGGGUGGGCAUUAGCGCUGUUUUACAGGCUAGGGCAGCUCUAAAGCCCACACAUUAGUACCAUCCCCGGGCUCACUGCUAGGCUAAAGCCUCCGCCUAGCAUUCCCAUACAAAGACCCGGUACGUCACCGGAUCUGCUGGAAAAGCCCUUGUCCUGCGCGAUUCAGUUCAGGGCAGGGCAUGAAAUGCUCCACUCAAAGGGGCCUAGGUGAAGAAGAGGUUAUGCCCGGGUUCAGCUCUGAAAAUGCUCCUGUGUUGAAAUAUUGCUGUUGCAUACUUGUUAUGGUGCCCCCUGCUGGUCUUUUCUUUCUCUCUCAAUCAGAACAUCAAAGCUUUGUUAAUGCAUUUGAAGCCAGGCACCUGUGUGUCCAUCACACGACCACUUUUAGCCACUGGAGUUAAACUAUUUAAAGAGGACCUGUCCCCACUCCUGACAUGUCUGUUUUAGUAACUACUGUACUUGCAUUCCCCACUAAACAGCCAUGUCAGGAGAGGUGACAGGUCAUCAGUAGAGAUUUCUAAAGAACCAUGAGGGACUGGUAGAGAACAUAUACUGGUAAAAUGUACAGCUUUUAAUUAAAAUUAGUUUAAUAAACAAUACCAGUUAUUUUGCUGAAACUAGAAUACCCUUUUAAAUUUCUCCCAGUCAGACAAAAAUGAGAAGAUUGCAAAAGCAAAAAUGUAGAGUUAGUCGAAAAACAUGUAAAACAUGUUGAACUAGAGCAAGAGACGUUGUCAAAUUGUGUCACUUAAAGCCAAUGUUAUGUAAAUCAGCAGGACAACAUCUAUGUAGGCAACACCUAUCUGUUUAUUAUGGUACAUACUGUACAUAUAGUGAACAGAUUCUAUAGAUACCUAUGAAUUCAUUUCAUCUUUUGCAAAAGUACAAAGGGGGAGAUUUAUCUCCCUUGCUCCUGAAAAGUGGCAUUAAAAAGUCGCAAACUCUGAAUUUUUUUAACUGCAACUUUUUAAAAAAUGUUUUGCAUCUCUCCGUUUUUUUGCCACUCGUGCCACAAAUGGAGCAGCCGCGACUAAUUUAUCUUCAUUAAGGCCAAUUUUCUGGCACAAAUGAAGUCAGACAUGUACAGCAGCUCUGAGCUGUCGUAGAUUUCUGUCUAGACGCAUGUGCCUAAUUUAGGACGUGGCCUGAGCGUCGUCAUAAAUUAGGCGUACUCCACCGGCAGUGCAGGGGAUAUCAAGACAGGCACAGAAAGCACCAGUGUUGUGAACCUCCCCCAGAGUACUGUAUGUACUUAUGUCGAUGCUUUUAGAUCUUUCCUAGGGCUCAUGCACAUAAAACGUAUAUUUUCGGUUGGUAUCUAAUACGCAUUUUUUGCGGGUCGGAUGCAGACCCAUUCACUUCAAUGGGGCCGCAAAAGAUGGGGACAGCACAUCAUGAGCUGUCCAUAUCCGUAUAUCCGUUCCAUGGCACUAGCAAAAAAAAAUAGAACAUGUCCUAUACUUUUCCAUAUUACGGAUAAGGACAGGGCUGUAUUAUAGAUGGCAGGACAUUCUGUUCUGCAAAAUGCGCACCGUAAAAACAGCUACGUCAGUGUGCAUGAGCCCUUAAAGCGUAUCUAUCACCAGACAGAGCUCUUUAUUACAGAACUCCUUUAGGCCAGGUUCACACACGCUGGUUGUUGGAUGUGACUGAAAUUCCACCCACUCGCAGCCACCAAUAGGCGCACAAUUUUGCAGGGAAAGCCACGGUCUUACUUUCAGAAUCAUGGGUGGGCAGUGUUUCCUCCGCAUGAAGCAACUUCCUGGUGUAAACCCAGUCUUAAAGGGAAUGUGUUAUCAGAAAAUGACCUAUUGUUUAAAUCAAGUUUUUAUGUUAAACAUGUAUUUUUAGAAUUUUUGAGAUAAUUUUAGGUAUUUUUUUAAAAUAUUGAUAGCAACAUAAAAAUUAUGCAGUUUUUGCACUGGCCACGAGGACUAAAAUAUGUCAAGAUUUUCUGUUUUUUGACAGCAGCCCCAUGGGCUAUAGACACAGUAGACUGGAGGCAGGGUCGGACUGGCCCACCAGAGCACCAGAGGGUCCUCCGCUGGGCCCAACUCUGAUAAUAAUGGACCCUAAAAAAGGCCCUUAAGGUCCUGUAUACACAGAGUGUGUGCCCUCAGAAUCAUUACCUCUGGGGGUUCAAUGGACUUCAGUCCGACGCUGACUGGAGGUUAACUCAUUAACUUCCAUGGGAGAUUUUUCUAGGCAUGUUGUGUGACCUGUGCAGAGAUCAGGAGGGAGUAGAUAAGCUGUGAUAUCACUUUUUGCGAAUUGUGGAUCCUGUUAUCUAUACAAAAGUGAUAGCUGUCUAUAAUUCUGCUUGUAAUAAUAAUCCAAUAGCUUCUGAAAAGUUACCUGAACAAAACAGAAGGUCUAAACUCUAUUAUUAGGCCAUUCUAAAAAAUGUUGAACAUAAAAAUUAGAUUUAAACAAUAGGUCAUUUUUUGAUGGCACAUUCCCUUUAACAUAUAGCAUUCUAGUACAAUGAAGAUAAUAGGUGUACCUGCACUAAGUUAGGCGCCCCACAAUUUCCAAAUGAGUCUGGGCAGCCAGAAGAGCCCUCUUGGCCAGUAACAAAUGACAAGAGGACUCCCUUGCCUGCAUUAACCUACAGACAGAGUACUUUUUGCAAUCUUAUCGACAUCCUAAAAUUGCAAUUACCUGUAAUAAUUGUUUCAAUAUAAGUUAAUCUGAAAUGUUAAGACAUUGGCCCUGAUAUAGGCCCCAUGCAGAUGAUAGUAUCCUUAUUUCGAUCUGCAAAUCACAGAUCUGCAAAUAUGGUUAUAUUUCAUGUGCAUUCCAUAUUUUUCUCACUCCCAUCCAUAGAAAUAGCUAUUCUCAUCCACAAUGCAGUCCAGAAUAGGAUCUGCAGUAUAAUUUCUGUAACAGCCAAACGGAUCCGCAAAAAAUACUUAUAAAUGCGUGGCCCUAUAGAAAUGAAUCCACAAAAUAUCUGGAUAGCACAUGCAUGAAAAAUAUGGUCGUGUGCAUGAGGUCUUCGGAUGAGUUAGACAUGGUAGACAAGUAGCACGUUCGGGAACUCCAGUCUUGAUCACCCUGCGCUGGAGUGGGAUGCUCCUAAUGCAUUAAAAGGCAUUCAUUCCUCUUAAUAAAUUAUUCACAUCUUUGAAACUUCGGGCGCCAGAAACUCAAAUCUACGAAAGUGAGGUUUGAGCUAUAACUUACACCAUAUCAAAAUGGGUUAUUACCUUAUAUGUAACCUUUGCAUUUAGUGGUAUGAGAGUGUUGCUCUAUUCUUUUUUUCUUUAUCGUGUUGUGCAGGAAGUUUUUAGCCUUUUUUGUGUUUUUAUUUGUCUUUGGUCCCUACUUCUGCAUCAAAAGUUCAGAAGCAUCACAGCACAGGUAUAAAUAGUAGAUAUGAAGAAAGACUUCAAAGAGCACUGUAAAAGACACUGAUUGUUAAAGGGGUUGUCUGGGUUCAGAGCUUUUUUUUACCGCAGCAGCCCCCCUGACUUGAGCAUCGGAGCAG